CCCGAGGGGCUCCCAGCCCCCAGAGACCCUCCUCCCUCUGAGGUGAAGAAAAGCAAACGGAGCCCAGACACUGCCAGCCUAGAGAGCUCCCCCGAGCCUACCCCACAUGCUGGGGAGAAGGACCCUGCUGGGGUCCUCUCGGGCCGGGUGGGUGCCUGGACUUGCUGUCCCUUCCCCUGCCCUGGGCCCGGGGUGUACCAGCCCCCGGGCACGCUGUCCCCGUCGCCCUUCCUGGGGCUGGGGCUGUGGAGGAAGAGCGCGGCCGCACUGCCAGCGGAGGUGCCGCACUUCUGCAAAGAGGCCGAUGGCAUGGGGCAGAAACUCUAAAGGCCUGUGGUUUUGAAACCCAUCCCCACCAAGCCUGCUGUCCCCCCGCCGAUCUUCAAUGUUUUCAGCUAUCUUUAG